AUGUCUUACUAUGACCAGAUCGAAAUAGAGGACAUGACUUUUGAUCCAACAACACAAAUUUUCACAUACCCAUGUCCUUGUGGUGACAGAUUCCAGGUAUAUAUAGAUGACCUAUUUGACGGUGAGGAAGCGGCUGUCUGUCCAAGUUGUUCAUUGAUGAUCCAAGUCAUCUUUGAGAAGGAAGACUUGGUGGAGUUUUACCAAGAGGCAGGCAUGCCUUUGCCAGAACCUAUCGUAGUGUAA